AUGGAAGACUUGGAUGAGCGGCUUGCUCGCCAUUCGGCUUAUUUCAAUUCUAUUCUUUCACUUAUUCCUGCUAAAGACUAUUAUUUGCCGCUGAAGGAGAAUGAGAACAAGUAUUGGAAGAACAAGAAUCAGAAAGCUCCCAAGCAGGAGAUCAAGGAUGCAUCAAAGAAGGCCAAACGUUUGCGUCUUAACCCUGAAGCUCAGAAGUCAGUUUUAGAACUGCAGGUUGAACUUGAUGCUCAAAGAGAGUCAGAUGAUUCUGAAAUCGAGAAAGAUAACAGCGCAAAGAGACCAAGGCUGCGCGUGGAUUGUGAGGAAAGUCGAAGUGUUGCUGAGUUAAGGUUGAGGCUCCGUGAGAAGAUUGAGGAAGCAAGAGCUAAGCGUAAAGCACCGGCCAGUAAUGACACAGCAUCUCAGCAGCGAAAGAAGACGAAACGAGAUGAAAAGAAAGGGAAAAAGAAGUCAAAAUCAAAAGUUGGUAGACAGACUACCACAAUUUCUCAAAAACCAAGACAGGAAAUAGUAAACGAUGAUGGUGAAGUGGUGUUCAGUAAGUUUGAUUUUACAACGGGCGUGACAGAUGGUACACAUGAUGCUUCGUCUUCAAGAAAAAUGAAUAAAGAUUUUCGCAAGCUCAUUGAGAAGGCAGAGAAACGGCGCACAAAGUUAAAUGAAUUGAAAAUGGAGAACCCGGAUAAAGCAGAGGCAAAAGCAGAGAAAAUAGCGUGGAAAACGGCAACUGAGAAAGCUGAAGGAAUCAAACAAACAGAUGACAUUAGUCUGCUAAAGAAAGCAGCAAAACGAAGACAAAAACAAAAGGAUAGGUCUUCAAGAGACUGGAAAAAACGAAUUGGGAGUCAAAAGGAAAAACAAAUAGAAAGACAAGAGAAAAGACAGAGACACAUUCAGGAGAGAAUCGAGCAGAAGAAGGCAAGAAAAAUGGGACUGAAAUUAAAAUUGAAGAAAAAGCAGAGAAAACCAGGAUUUUAGAGUGUUUAUGUGUUGAUUACAAAAUUGAUAUUGUGCUUACAACCUGCAAUAAAUCAGACAUUAGCACUUUACCAGAAUUCCAUAGAUAUGAACACUGUAAAAGGUGAAGUGUUUGUUGGACAUCCAUACAUUUGCAUUCAUACCACCCGGGGUGACCCCAAGUGUAUGUUUGGCUAGCCAGACUAAAAUGCUGACGGACGGACAGAGGGCUGCUGUUUAGGC